AGGAAAAGUCAGUGCUGCUCUCAAGGCUCCACUCUUCGUCUGUGCAUGUUCCUUUCAUUCAGCUCCCACACAGCGACCAAAACACACCAAGCAGGAUCAGCUUCUGCAAACCGGUCAGCAGAAGCUGCUGCAGAGCUUCAUAUGGAACUGAUGGCUUUCUAAAGCUCCACCACUGCAGCUCUUGUGCAUUUUUUUUCUCUCUCAGUGCAAGUUGUGCCUCUUUAUCUAGUGCCUGCUUCAUUAUUUCUCCAGAACAUCUGAAGUUACCCAUUCCUCCUGCUCUCUCUUGUGCCUGACCCACAAGUAGGGGUGAUGUGGAGGGGUAGAUUGGCAGCCUUUAUUCAAUGAAAGAACCCUAAAUCACCUGUUACCUCCACUCUGCAGCUUCCUUGGACUUUAACAGACUGCAGCAGAGAGAAGGACGGAGAGCAAGCAGUCGGCUGCUCAGGGACCUCCAGGAUCUGUUUGACUCCACAGCAUGGGCUCUUUUACUGGGAUAACAUUUCUUUUCUUGGGAGUAUCAAUAACAACAAGGGUGAUCUGUCAGGAUGUCAAAAAUAACGUGCCAAGGCUUAAAUUGUCCUACAAAGAAAUGAUGGAUACCAACAAUUUAAUCACAUUCAAUGGAUUGGCCAAUAGUUCAAGCUACAAUACAUUUGUGUUAGAUGAAGAACGAGGAAGACUAUAUGUCGGGGCUAAGGAUCACAUAUUUUCAUUUAACCUGGCUAACAUCAAAGACUUUCAAAAGAUUGUAUGGCCUGUGAGUAACACCCGCAGGGAUGAAUGCAAGUGGGCUGGUAAAGAUAUUGUGAAGGAAUGUGCAAACUUUAUCAAAGUGCUCAAAGUUUACAACCAUACUCACUUGUAUGCCUGUGGAACCGGGGCAUUUCAUCCUGUCUGUACCUAUAUUGAUGUUGGCCACUACCCAGAGCAGGAUAACAUAUUUAGACUAGAGGACACCGUUUUUGAGAAUGGCAGAGGGAAGAGUCCUUAUGAUCCCAAACUGUUAACAGCCUCUCUUUUGAUUGAUGGGGAGCUGUAUUCUGGAACUGCAGCAGAUUUUAUGGGAAGAGAUUUUGCCAUUUUCCGCACGCUUGGAAAUCAUCAUCCAAUUAGGACAGAGCAGCAUGACUCCAGAUGGUUAAAUGAUCCUAGGUUCAUUGGGGCAUACCUAGUUCCAGAAAGUGACAAUCCAGAAGAUGAUAAAGUAUAUUUUUUCUUUCGAGAAAAUGCAAUAGACGGUGAACAUACGGGCAAGGCAACAAUUGCUCGAAUAGGACAACUGUGUAAGAACGACUUUGGUGGGCACAGAAGUCUAGUCAACAAAUGGACUACCUUCCUUAAGGCUCGAUUGGUUUGUUCUGUGCCUGGUCCUAAUGGGAUAGACACACAUUUUGAUGAAUUACAGGACAUCUAUUUAAUGAACUCAAAAGACCCCAAGAACCCAGUUGUGUAUGCUGUAUUUACAACAUCAAGUAAUAUAUUUAAGGGGUCCGCUGUGUGCAUGUACAGCUUGGCUGAUGUUCGAAGAGUAUUCCUUGGGCCUUAUGCACACAGAGAUGGUCCAAAUUAUCAGUGGGUACCCUAUCAAGGAAGAGUUCCAUAUCCUCGACCAGGAACUUGCCCAAGCAAGACAUUUGGAGGCUUUGACUCGACUAAGGACCUUCCAGAUGAUGUUAUUAUGUUUGCACGAAGUCACCCUGCCAUGUACAACGCUGUUUAUCCUAUCAAUAACAGACCGAUAAUAAUUAAAACGGAAGUGGAUUAUCAGUUUUCUCAGAUAGUGGUUGAUCGAGUAGAAGCGGAAGACGGCCAGUAUGAUGUCAUGUUUAUCGGAACAGAUAUGGGGACAGUUUUGAAAGUAGUUUCUGUGCCAAGGGAAACUUGGCAUGAUUUGGAAGAGGUUCUACUUGAAGAAAUGACUGUAUUUAGGGAGCCAACUACUAUAUCAGCCAUGGAGAUUUCCACAAAGCAACAACAGUUGUAUAUUGGUUCAUCCAUGGGUGUUUCCCAGAUGCCUUUGCACCGCUGUGAUGUUUAUGGAAAAGCAUGUGCUGAAUGUUGUCUUGCCAGGGACCCCUAUUGUGCCUGGGAUGGAUCUUCAUGCUCUCGUUACUUUCCUACUGCUAAAAGGCGUACAAGGAGGCAAGACGUUCGCAAUGGGGAUCCUUUAACUCACUGUUCUGAUCUACAGCACCAUGAUGAUCCACAUAGACAAAAUCUGGAAGAAAAAAUUAUCUAUGGUGUUGAAAACAGUAGCACAUUUUUGGAGUGCAGCCCUAAAUCACAGCGUGCCCUGGUCUUCUGGCAGUUUCAAAAGCUGAAUGAAGAGAAAAAAGAAGAGAUAAAAAUAGACGAUCGUACAAUAAAGACAGAACACGGCCUUCUGCUCCGUAUCCUUAAGAAGAAAGAUGCUGGAAUAUAUUAUUGCAAUGCUAUAGAACAUGGUUUCAUACAGAGUCUGCUCAAAGUAACUCUGGAAAUAAUUGACACAGAACAUCUAGACGAACUGCUUCACAAAGAUGAUGACGGGGAGAACCAUAAGCACAAAGAGCCAUCAAAUAGCAUGUCACCAACUCAGAAAAUCUGGUAUAGAGAUUUCAUGCAGCUAAUUAACCAUCCCAAUCUGAACACAAUGGAUGAAUUCUGUGAGCAAGUGUGGAAAAGAGACCGCAAACAACGUCGACAAAAAAAUGCUAAUGCCCAAGUCAACACAAAUAAAUGGAAGCACCUACAAGAAAAUAAGAAGGGUAGAAAUAGGAGGACCCAUGAAUUUGAAAGGGCACCGAGGAGUGUCUGAUCUGCAUUACCUCUUCAAACCUCAUCCGAGUAGGAUUUGUAUAGACAUUUAACUGGAAAAAUGCAAUAUUCAUGAAGUUUUUCAUGGCAUUAUUUGGAUGUUUACAAAGUGGAAAGCUCACCCAAUUUUCCACCAAGUCUAAAUAAAACACAUUAGUAACUUUCCAAAUAGACUUAGACUACAUAGUCAACAUUUAAAAUGUUAAAGACAACAUGACUAAGCUUGGUUUUCCAUUUUUAAAGCAAUUUUCAUUAGAAUACUUUUUUUCAUACUUCCUUCCCUUCCCAAGAAGAAACUAUUCAUAACCCAGCAACUGAAAUGAAAAAGGCCUUUUGUCAGUCACCGCUACCAUUCGGAGUUUUUGUCCAUCCGGACAUUUUGUUGCACAUCCUUCUUCUGAAGACAACACAGCGACUUUAGAUUAAAUCUGUGAUUUUUUUUUUCUUUCUAACCUUCAUGUGUUUAUGAACUCUCCCUGGGAAUAUACAAAUAUACAGUCCGUUAACCGUACCAAUAAUUGUCCACUAUUCAGCAAGCAGGUGGAGUUUAUUGGUCUACUACUGAUGCCUCCUUCUAGCUUUGAACUUUGGUUUUAUUUGCUUAAGUAUAAUUUAAAUGUACCAUAACAAAUAUGCAGUUAGUGUUUUCUCUCCAUUUUUUUAAUAACAUUGACUUGUUUGGUAUACUUCUUUGUAAUUAUUUGAACCUUAUCUUUAUUCGCAUUGUUAUUUUAUUGGAUAAUUAUUUUAUUGAGUCGACCAUUGAACGCUCACCAAGCCUAUUAUUUGUUACAUAUCUAUGGUAGUAACACUAAUUAACAUCUUAAUUUAAAUAUAACAUUCCCAACUGUCUUUAAAUUGAAAUAAGAUAAAUGUUUCAUCCUAUCGUGUUUUAAAGAUAUUCUGAAUAAAAGAGGGAAUGUUUUGGAUCUAGUAAACAAUCUAAGAAAAUACUGAUAUUUGGUUAUUUUUGAAACUGAAAAUGAAAUUGGUUUGAUGCAUCAGACAGAUCAUCACUUCCUGGGUCAAUUUGUAAGAUUAUGUAACUCUAUCACAAAUUUUUCAGAAUAUUUAAGGGGCUGGUAACUGGUAUAUUCAAAGGUUGUAGUGAUAUGAAAUACACAAUUGUUAUGAACAUUCAUGAAAAGUGUAAAUAAAAAGUAUCACAACAAAAUAAA